CUCCCCACUACCACCACAUCGGGCCGCUUCCGUCUCGCGUCUGCGCUGCGCCGCCUCCUUCAUCGCGGCCAGCCCUCCGCUCGGUGCGCACCGGCUGCGCAGAGCGGGACAGAGCAGGAACUCAAGCAGCGCUGGCAUCGGCGCUGCGAACCUGCGGCGCCGGCGCCCUCUCGCCUCUCUCGCACCGCUCUCUCUCUCUUCCUUCUCGCCGCCCGCCGUCCCGGACUUUCCGCAUGUCCUCCUCGCUCACCGUCGACGACUUGCGUUCGGCGCUCGACGAUCUCGGUCUUUCCACGCGCGGCCAUCGUUCCGAGCUGCGGCAGCGCCUCAAGAAGGGCCGUGCGAGGCUCGCCAGUCCUUCGUCGGGCGACGAUGAGGCUGCUGCGGCUGCAGUGACUCCGCCGGAUGCACCUGCAGCAGCGCGAUGGAGUCCGCAGAUCGACUCGUUCUUGGUGCUGGACGUCGAGGCGACGUGUGAGAGAGGACCGCGCGAGAGGCCGCGCGCGAUGAGCUUUGAAUGGCCGAACGAGAUCAUCGAGCUGCCAGUGGUGCUACUGCAAUGGCGGCGCAUUUCCAGCUCCUCUUCCUCCUCUUCGAGCGUCACGCCAGCUACGACGCCUCGUUCACCACCCACAGCACCUCGUUCUCUCUCUCAUCUCCAUUCUCCCUCUCCUCAGCAGCGACACGCGCCGCGCAUUCCCCUUGGCCCGCGCGCGACGUCCGGUUCGGGCGGCAGUCCGGCCGGCUUGGCGAGCAGCAGUGCGGCGGUGGACACGAGAGAUGCAGAGGCAGAGCAGGCGGGGUGGGAACUCUAUGUCGUCGAUACGUUUCACACGCACGUCAAACCCAGCUGGAGACCGCGCUUGACGCGCUUCUGUAGGGAGUUGACGGGCGUGGAUCAGGCGACGAUCGAUGCGGCGCCUCCCUUUCCGCAGGCGGUGAACACGCUGCGUGCCUUUCUCUCACGGCACUCGCUGCUACAGGCCCCCACUGGGCCUCGAGGCGCCAGCACUCGCACGCCCGCUUCUUCACCCGCCAAGCCCAAGGCCCGCACCGCAUUCGGCACGCCCAUCGCGCCCAGCAGCAGCACCUCGGUGCCGAGCAGUCCGGCGUCGAGCAGUGCGCAUGCGGCGCCGGCGCUGCGCCCCGGCGUGGCAUGGGUGACGCAUGGGAUGUACGAUUUGGGCUCGUUCGUAGUGAAGCAGACGUGGAUCUCGGGCAUGGAGGCGGUGCCUGCCUUUCUGCGCGGGCCCCUCAUCGACAUUCGCAAAGGCGUCACGGCAUUGAUCGACAUCGAUCGCACGCCCGAUCCUAGCCCGCGUAAGGCUCUUCCUGCUGCUCCACCGCGUGCGACGGCAGGCUCGACACCACCGACGGGACCAGCUGCGCGCCGUCCGCCAUAUCGGGACACGACGAUUGAUGGCCUCCUGGCGCUGCUCGGCCUCGGCGCCUUCGAGGGCCGCCAGCAUUCGGGCCUCGCAGACACGCAAAACAUCGCGCGGCUGGUCAUCGAGUGUGCUCGCCGCGUAGGUCUCGCGGCCACGGGCGCAGCUGAGACUGCGUCUUCCUCGAGCUCCUCAAGCGCUAGUAGCGGCAAGGAAGGCGAGACUGCUUCUAGCAGAGAGCGCCCGACGCCCUCGCGUGCGGCGCAGGUUGCAGCAGCAAGACGAGCGUGGAAGCUGGAGCGCGCCGCACUCGUGCCGAACACAAAUCUGGAUCGUGCGGCGGCGAAGCGCUGGCAUUGGAUGGGCGCGAGGGCGGGCGUCGUGAACUGGACAGAGGCGGAGGAGCGGCUGACGGAUGUGGAGGAUGAGGAGGCGGUGGUGGGGGCGAUUGCAGCGAAGGUGGAAGGAGGACAGGUUGGGUUAGAUGGAGACUCGACGGCGCAAGGAGAAGGCGUGGACAUCAUUGGCGCCCUCUUCGCAAAGGCGCGCAUGGCGUCGGCUGCGGGGAUGAACGGUCAGGGCGGACAGGGACAGGGCGGAGAUCAGAGGGCAGCGGUAGACGGCGGACAGGGCGGUGCGCCGCAAUUCAAAUCGUAAACUAC